GCGGAGCAUUGGGGCUUUCCAGCUCUCACAGAACCUUCAGCAUCCCCAGCUGCCGGUCUUGGCAUCUUCGAAGUAAGGAGAGGAAAUCAUCGAGUUCCCCAUCCUGAAGCUAAAUGGCCGGACCAUGGAGAUUGAGUCUACCUUUCACAUGUAUGUCCAGCCUGUAGUCCAUCCACAGCUUACCCCAUUCUGUACAGAGCUCACCGGGAUUAUUCAAGCCAUGGUGGAUGGUCAGCCAAGCCUGCAGCAAGUGCUGGAGAGGGUCGAUGAGUGGAUGGCGAAGGAAGGCCUCUUAGAUCCAAACGUCAAGUCAAUUUUUGUCACCUGUGGAGACUGGGACUUAAAAGUCAUGCUCCCAGGCCAGUCCCAGUACUUGGGCUUGCCAGUGGCGGAUUACUUCAAGCAGUGGAUUAAUCUGAAAAAGGCUUACAGCUUCGCCACGGGCUGCUGGCCCAAGAAUGGACUUCUAGACAUGAACAAGGGCCUCAGCCUGCAACACAUAGGCCGGCCCCACAGCGGCAUUGACGACUGCAAGAACAUUGCCAACAUCAUGAAGACACUCGCCUAUCGAGGCUUCAUCUUCAAGCAGACAUCGAAGCCGUUCUGAUUGGCCGAGGACAGGAUGGGGCAGGACAGGGUAGCUGUUUGGCCCAGCCCAGAAUCCUCCUCUCCCUCACCAGAGGGGAAGAGGGAGAGUGGCAUAGCUCUGCGUCCAGAGUGUCCCCCAGCUGCCCCGUGGGCUUGUGCCCUUGGCGUGGGCUUGUGCCCUUGCAAGGGCUUGGCCACUUGGCCCUUCUGGAGCAGACACUUUGUGCCCCCCAUCCCCACCCCUCAAUCUCAGCCCAGUAUUAGCUCCUCCCAUUGCGGGCCUGGGCUAGGGGAACCCAGGCACUCACCGCCUCCUCCCUGGUACACAGGCUUCUGUGGGGCCACCAAGCCCCCCCCCGUGCCCCCUCCCAUCCAUAGUGCAUGGUGUGUGGUGCCCCCAGGGCUCCAGGACUGAUCAGGCCCCACCUUGUGUCCACCCCCAUCCCC